AUGCCUCAAGCUCAACCGGAACUCAAGAAGUAUAUGGAAAAGCGGUUGUUUAUUCAACUGAAUGGAAACCGCAAAGUCAUCGGAAUUCUACGAGGAUAUGAUGUUUUCAUGAACAUCGUUCUGGAUGAAGCUAUUGAAGAAAAGCCCGAUGGCGAGAAGGUCAGGAUAGGGAUGGUGGUCAUCCGAGGAAACUCCGUCGUCAUGCUUGAGGCCCUUGAACGCAUUGGCGAUUAA